CAAACCCCAGAAAAAAAGAAAUAUACAAAAUAAAUAAAUAAACAAAUAAAACCUCAGAUAUUUAUAUCUCAAACUAACUGAUGGAAUCGAACUACCAAAAACUGCGAUCCAAAACCGAUUCUCUCCCUUUCCUCCUCCUUUCUAUUCCUCGAUAACCACAAGCACAAGCACACGCGCACCCGAUUGUUUAACAACGCCGUCGUCGCUUAGUACUAAAUCGACGACGUUUAUGGAGAGAGGAUGAGGCAUAAUCGACGGCCACGAUUGCCGGCAUCCAUAUUAUCGUCAUCAUUACCACUUUCGACAUGUCGGUGAACUGUUCCGAUCGUUUCAGCGACUUACUCUGCGGUGAGGACUCAGACGAGGUAUUCUCCGGCGAAUCAUCGGCACUUUCGUCUGAGCUUGACUCUCUGGCGUUGUGCCUCGAGGAAUCCUCUAUCGCCGGCUUUAUCGAACACGAAAGAAACUUCGUUCCCGGAUGCGAUUACUUGGCUCGGUUUCAGUCUCAGUCUCUCGACGCAUCGGCUCGAGAAGAAGCAGUUGCAUGGAUUCUGAAGGUACAAGCAUUCUAUAAUUUCCAGCCUUUGACGGCGUAUCUUUCCGUCAACUACCUGGAUCGGUUUUUAUAUUCUCGACGCUUGCCGCUAACUAGUGGGUGGCCAUGGCAACUUUUAGCUGUUGCUUGCAUAUCUUUAGCGGCCAAGAUGGAGGAACCUCUUGUUCCAUCUCUUUUAGAUCUUCAGGUGGAGGGUGCCAAAUAUAUUUUUGAACCCAAAACAAUUCGCAGAAUGGAACUGCUUGUUCUCACGGUUCUGGACUGGAGGCUACGAUCAGUAACGCCGUUAAGUUUCAUUGAUUUUUUUGCUUGUAAGGUCGAUCCAUCAGGAACAUUUUUGGGGUUUCUGAUUUCAAAGGCAACGGACAUCAUCUUGUCCAAUAUCAAAGAGGCCAGCUUUCUUGAGUAUUGGCCGUCAAGCAUUGCUGCUGCAGCGGUCCUUUGUGCUGCCAAUGACAUCCCAAACUUGUCCCUCGUUAAUCCUGAACAUGCCGAGUUAUGGUGUAAUGGACUAAGCAGAGAAAAAAUCCAUAGCUGCUACCGGUUAAUGCAGGAACUGAUAGUUGACAAUGGUAGGAGGAAACCGCCAAAAAUCGUAACGAUCAGGCCAAGAACAAGGUCCAGUGACUCAUCACUUUCAUCUUCCUCGUCACCUUCUUAUAAAAGGAGGAAAUUAAAUAAUUGCUUGUGGGUAGAUGAUGACAAAGGAAGCUCCGAGUAAGGGGGGUGUGGGGAGUUGGGGAAAUUAUAAAAGA